AAAUGUUUCUCACCGCAGUUAACCUCGCCAAGAGCAAAUCUAAAACUGUGUUGGUACAGAUGAUGAGUGCUGCAGGGACAGGUUACUGUUUCAACACCAAGAGAGGACGACUCCGAGAAAAACUGGUGUUGCGUAAACACGACCCUAUAGUGAACCAGCACGUCUUGUUCAUCGAGAAGAAGAAGAUCCGCUCUCUUUAAACAUGGACCAAACACGAGAUUUCACUUGAAGAAUUUCAGGCUUGUGUAUUUAAACAUGCACUGUUUCAAAUCGUAGCUAAGAAGCAGCUAUGAGAAAGAGCACUCAUCUACACCGAGCUUAACCGAAAGGUCACGAUUAUAUGAAGCAUGAUGACAUGCCACAGUGCAUCCGGACGUCCUGAGAUCAUUCCACAACAUGACAGAUUGAGAAAUGCGCUGAGAAGCAAUACUGCAGUGACUAAUCAUUUAGAUACGUUUGCCAGUGUUGGAUAUCUUUUUCUGAAGAUAAACUCUUAAUGGUGAAAUGGCUGAAUUACAACACAGAGUUGUAUUAAACAUUCAUUUUCUUUUUUUGUUUAAAGACAUAAAAAAAUAAAUAAAAUCACAUAA